ACCGUCCCUCUGGUGUAGCGGCCAUUGUCCAAACGUAGCUAGUCAUAGUUCUGUGGAAAGGAAAAGGAACGCGUUGGAAGAGAAUAUACAUUUUCGAAUUGUUUUUUUUGGUUUUGCGUUGCCUUAAAGCUCAAAUUUGCGUUAUAGAAGGUUUAACCGCUCUGAAGACUUGGUUAUAUAAUUAUUAUUUUUUUUAAAUAUAUGUAUAAAGUGAGGUUUUAAUUGUGCGAGUGUUGAGCUAGCCUUGAUCUGAGCUCGCGCUGUCGCGUUCCAGCUCACAGAGGGUUUCAUCAGCCGUGUUUCACCACACUUCAUCAGAUCUGGUUUAUCUAAGAGCUGUUGUUUAAAGAGUCUGGUUUCUAUUUAGAUGGCAAGCUUCCCAGAUUUUGUCAACGAAAAUGAAAUAGCUAAAGCUAAGUUCAUUGGAGAACUUCUAGCUCCUGUGGUUCCCUUUGACCAGAAGUCUGGACGGGAGACAUGGACUGUGGCUUUUGCUCCUGAUGGAUCCUAUUUUGCUUGGUCUCAAGGACACCGCGUUGUACGACUUGUACCCUGGUCAAAAUGCAUGAGCAACUUCUCUAUGAGGAAGGAGGAGUGGCUAAAUGGCGCAGGACCCAGGCGUUUGUCUCGGCACGGUAACGACAUUGCCUUGGUGCCGGGUGAGCCCCGAGAGCACACCAUCGACUGCGGUGACAUUGUUUGGGGGCUGGCGUUUGGCUCCUCUGUUCCCGAAAAGCAGAGCCGCUGUGUGAAUAUUGAGUGGCACCGUUUUAAAUUCGGCCAAGACCAGUUGCUGCUGGCUACCGGCCUCAACAACGGCCGCAUCAAGAUAUGGGACGUGUAUACAGGAAAACUUUUGUUGAAUCUGAUGGAUCACACAGACAUUGUGCGGGAUCUAACGUUUGCACCAGAUGGAAGCCUUGUGCUGGUAUCUGCUUCCAGAGACAAGACAUUACGUGUGUGGGACCUCAAGGACGAUGGUAACAUGAUGAAAGUGCUGCGUGGGCAUCAAAACUGGGUGUACUGCAGUGCCUUCUCCCCAGACUCCUCAGUGCUGUGCUCUGUGGGUGCUGGCAAAGCGGUUUUCCUGUGGGACAUGGAUAAGUACACACUGAUUCGUAAGCUGGAGGGCCACCAUAAUGAUGUGGUGUCCUGCGAGUUCUCUCCCGAUGGAGCCUUGCUUGCCACAGCCUCCUAUGACACCCGCAUCAUAGUGUGGGAUCCUCACACAGCCACUAUAUUGCUUGAGUUAGGGCACCUCUUCCCUCCUCCUUCUCCCAUAUUCGCCGGGGGAGCCAAUGACCGCUGGGUUCGCUCUGUUGCCUUUUGUCAUGAUGGCCGCCAUAUUGCCAGCAUCACUGAUGACCGGUUGGUGCGAUUUUGGAGCAUCGAUGAGAAAUCUCCCCAGGCCAUUGCCUCACUCACUAAUGGUCUCUGCUGUGCCUUCUCCACAGAUGGAAGUGUUUUAGCUGCUGGUUCACGCGAUGGCAGUGUUCAUUUCUGGGCAUGUCCACGCAGCGUUUCUAGCCUGCAGCACUUGUGUCGCAUGGCACUGCGAAGAGUACUUUCCACACAGCAAGUCUACGCACUGUCUAUCCCUCAAUGCACACAAGACUACCUGGCUUACAGGAGCUUCUAGCUGAGGAAGCACGCCACAGCACUCUGAAAUCAAUAAGACAACAUUUGCAAGAAAAAGGCUGGGAGAGGGGAUUGGGGUUGGAGACAAUAAAACACACAAAGAUUGAAGGGAAAUGCAGUGUUCUUCUGUUAAUAGGCCCCAAGCUCUACUUAAUGACAUCACUGUUUCAAAGGAAAAAUUUUGUACUGGUUAUAAAGCUGCUUGCACAUUUCUUGUAAGUACUUUUUUCUUUUUUGGUUAUACCCUAAGCCUUCUCAUCUGCUCUUUCACCCAUAUCAGCUAGUGGCCUUUAGACAGCCUUAUCGUCAACGUCACUUUCUUACUUUUUUUUUUCUGGCACAUCUUGUGCAAAAACAUAUGGUGCAACUUUGAAGAAGGCAUCUGAAAUGUCCUCCUUUUUUCUAGAAGGGGAUGGGAAUGAUUGAUUGCUGACCCGAAGUAGUGUUUUCUCAAAAGUAUCAGUGACUUGGGGAAGGAGAUACAGAAUCGAGAAAGUGUGUUAGAAUGAAAGAAUUGCAUACUUUUUCUUCAUGUACAGUGGUGUGUGUUUGUGAGAUGCAUGUUCGAGAAGAGUUUAGGAGAUCAGGGAUCUAGGCAGUGCCUCCCCUCAGUGUGCCUCGAUAGCAGCAGAAAUCCCUAGUGCUGUAUGUCCACACCCAGACGCUGCCUCAGUAACAGCCUCUUUUUAGCAACCUCCGUAACCCUGACAAUGUAGUGAUUGAAUUCAGUUCAAAUUGUUUAUUUUUUAUCUGUACAGACAUUUGUAAAGAAAAGAUUUGUGUGCAUGUGUAAAUGUAUGUAUAUAUGAUUAUCUAAAUUUGCUCUUCUACAUUUGUGGGCGAUUUUUGUUUUCUUUCUCUGCUGAAUCUAAGAAUGUCAGAUGUGUCGGUUGCAUUUUCUGUAUGUAUAAUGCUCAUGCUGUGAAACUCCAGAGAUUGUGGCUGGACUCUGAGCUGGUUGGACAACAGGAAAGGAAGUUAUCGGGUAUUCACCAGCAAAAGCACUAAUAUUCCCUCUGCUCUAAACUGACGCUUCUUUAAAGGUUGGCAAUUUAGCUAUAUUUAUAUAUGGUCCUUGGUGGCCGUCAAAGAGCACACUGAAAACGGCACCCCCAUGUUGGGCUUCUGUUAUCUGAGUAGUUCUACCUCCUGGAUUAGCUCGAGUAACAUCUGAUGAAGGCUCAGUAUUUACAUGCUGUUUAACACUAAGCAGUGUAACUCUGACAUGAUGUAUAAUUCUGCCUGUUCAAGAUGAUGAUAGCCGGUUGAGCAGGAUCAGUGAGAGUUACAUGCUCGGUGUAUGAGGAAUGGUUGGGUUUCAAACAGUUUGUCACUUUUUCUAUCUAUGCGCAGACAAAGAAUCUUAGCAAUAAACUUUAUUUGUUGUAACCAUUGGAGCUGAUGCCAAAGAUCUCCUAGGGCACUCAGUAUUACCUUUUUUAUUUAUUUUUUUUACCCCCCCCCCCCCCCCCCCCCCC